AUGAAGGGAGAUGCUCUGUUUCACACAACAGAAUACCCUGUUUCGUCCAAUGUUCAGGAAGACGAAUUUCCAUGGAAGGAGUUUCGCCUUCCACAAUUUGUAAAACCUCUACACUAUUCUAUUUUAAUACAUCCAAAUCUAACCACCUUCUGGAACGAGGGAAGAGUAAACAUAACAUUAGAAGUUACACAACCAACUAAUUUCCUUGUUAUUCACAAGAAAGAUAUCAAUACAACUAUCCAAGCCUUUCUCAAUCCAGAUGAAAAGUAUAUUUCAGUGGUGAAGAGUUCGGAGAACCUGGAACAUGAACAGCUGUAUAUGGAAUUCGACAUUUUUCUGGAACCUUCGGUGAAAUAUAUGUUGCAGUUGCAGUUUAGUUACCAGUUAAAAGAAUCCCAGGAAGGUUUUUUUCUGCGUUCCUAUACAAUACCCGGAGAAGAGAAAAGGUACCUUGCUACCACCCAAUUUGAACCAAUGGGAGCACGUAAAGCCUUUCCAUGCUUUGAUGAACCAGCCAUGAAAGCAACUUUCUCUCUUCAAAUUGUUCAUGAAAAGGAUUAUGAUACCUACUUCAAUACCUAUUUGAAUACCUCACUGCCAUAUGGAAAUAACUUAACAUUGUCAGUUUUCAACCCAUCUGUUCGUAUGAGCACAUAUCUCGUUGCAUUUCUUGUGUGUGAUUUCAGUUCUGUGCAAGGGAAGACGAAAAGUGGAGUUGAUUUAAGGAUUAUAGUGCCAAAAGACCAGUUGAGUCGAUCAACAUAUGCUCUGGAAUGUGGCAUAAAGAUUCUCGAGGAUUUUGAGGAUUUUUUAAACAUCUCUUAUCCUUUGCCAAAGCUUGACAUGGUUGCCAUACCUGACUUCCCAUAUGGAGGCAUGGAGAACUGGGGACUAGUAUUUUAUGCCAUGAGUGCAUUAUUGUCUGAUCCUGAUGAGUCAUCUUCAAAUAGUCAACAAUAUGUGGCUGAAGUUAUUUCUCAUGAAUUAGCUCAUCAGGGUUUUGAUAGUGAGUCAUAUUUCUCACCACAGAAGCAAACUACCAACUGUAUCGGUGACUGCCCAAUGGGAUCUGGCAAAAGAGAGCAGUUUGUUAUUCAAACUGUUCAACGUACUCUUCGAAUAGACAGCUUACGGGCUACUCAUCCUGUUACAACUAAUUCUGUUCAUGAAGAUCCACGUAAAACUGAAUCUCUUUUUGCUGCUAUAGCCUCUCAAAAGGAACAUAUUUAUCAAAUCAAAUAUAAUGAUGAUUUGGCUGUAGAAGUUUCUUUUUUUUUUAUGGAACAUAUUCCAUAUGAUGGAAUAUUCAGGCAUAUAAAAGUGUCAUAUCUUCUUGCCUAUGAUAUGGGGUCAUACUAUACUCAAGAACUGGUUGAAGAUAUACAAACUGACACAGACAACCAUGUGGCUAGUGAUAAGUUAACAGCAAUAGAGGAAGACAAUCUGCCAGUAAAGAAGUUACUUGCACUUGGAUCAGAUGGCCCAAAUGGUGCAACUCUUAUUCUAAUGCUUGAAAGUUUUGUUGGAAUGACUGUUUUGCAAGAAGGCAUUACACUGUACUUAAAUAGAUUUCAGUAUGACAAUGCUGCAACCACAGAUCUGUGGAACUCCUUUGGUGAGGUAAUGGAUAGUGGGUUACAGAUCAAUAUUAGCACCCUCAUGGACACUUGGACAUGGCAGAAAGGAUUCCCUGUAAUACUGGUUUCUCGUGAGGGAGGGACACUUUAUGUAAAGCAGCAAAGAUUUCUUGUUAGCUUACCAGAAAACAGUGAAUUUUUUGAGAAAAAUACUUCAUAUGAUUAUCAGUGGCAUGUUCCAGUUACCUUCAUUACUGACAAGUCAACAGAAGUGCAGAAGUUCUUGUUGAGUACAAUCAAUGGAACUUUCUCUGUUGAAGAAGACACCAAGUGGAUCAAACUGAAUGUGAAUCAGACUGGCCUAUACCGUGUGAUGUAUGAAGAGGAGGAAUGGAGAACCUUUACUGAAGUGUUACGUCAAGAUCACUGGAAACUGCAUUCUGGGGAUCGGGCCAACCUUCUUGAUGAUGGAUUUUCUCUUGCACGAACAGGAAUGUUAAACAUCAGCAUUGUGUUAGAUAUGGCAUGCUACUUGCAAAAAGAAAGAAAUUACAUACCUUGGGCAACAUCUUUUUCCCAUUUUCAAGAUCUCAGCUUUCUUGUGUACAAUACCCCAGUUUAUCCUGUCUUUCAGAGGUAUGUAGUGAAAUUACUGCAUCCCCUAGUGGUCUCUUUAGGCUGGAAAGAUGAAGGUUCACAUAUGAAAAAGAAACUUCGUUCAUUGGCCUUAAUAGAAGCUUUAUACUUUGGAGAUAAAGAAGUCAUAGCAGAAGGCAAGAAAUUGUUUGAUUCAUGGAAGAACAAUGGCACAUGGAUUGCUCCAAACCUCCAAAAGUCAGUGUACACUGCAGGAAUCAUAGGAGGAGGCUCAGAAGAAUGGCAGUAUCUGUGGGAUUAUUUACAGAAUUCCACCAUUCCUUCAGAAAGGUCUUUAUUAUUUGAUGUUCUUAGUGCAUCUACAAACACUGAGUUACUUAAACGGUUCUUGGAAUAUUCUCUGGAUUCUACCAAAAUUGACCCUCAGGAUAAAUAUAAGGUUAUAACAAGAGUUGCUAAUCGACCGAGUGGUCACCACUUGGCACGAAAUUUCCUGUUCCACAAUUGGAAAAUAUUCUUGGGAAGAGAU